AUGGCAUCUGGUCUCUAUGUUCAAGCUGAAUUCUCUGGGGACAAUACAUCUGAUGAGGUGAUUGGUCUUGAUCUCAAUCUGUCAUCCAUGGCAUGCCUUCCCUACCCUUCUUCUCUUUCCACUUUGGAGGAAAAUCCUGCUGCCUGGGUGAUCCCAUUCAUAGAUGAAACAAGUAGUCAUAAGAGGCUAAAGCAGCAACAUAGUUCCAGCUAUGAAUUCAAUAAUGCAGGUACUAACUAUUGUAGUCUUUACAGUGGCAGUGGCAGCAUGUGUGCUAGGGGAUUAGAUAGUUUGCCAAGAAUCCAUUUCCGGGAUCACAUAUCGGCGUACACUCGGAGAUACUUGGCAGUAGAGGCCAUGGAAGAAGCCACUGCAACCCUGAUGAGAGGCAAGGAAGGUGAAUCCGAGGAAGGAGGAAGGGGAGAUGCGACGAAACUAGUCCAGCAACUCAUUGCUUGUGCUGAGGCUGUGGCUUGUCGUGACAAAGCUCAUGCUUCAACAUUACUUUAUGAGCUCAGAGCUAAUGCAAAGGUCUUUGGGACAUCAUUUCAGCGAGUAGCAUCCUGCUUUGUCCAAGGUCUCUCUGACCGCCUUGCGCUGAUUCAACCACUUGGGGCAGUGGGACUUAUAGGCCCCAUAACCAAGUCAACAGCUUUUUCGGCAGAAAAGGAUGAGGCUUUGCACCUUGUUUAUGAGAUUUGCCCACAAAUCCAAUUCGGUCACUUCGUAGCAAAUGCAUCAAUAUUGGAAGCCUUUGAGGGAGAAAGCUCUGUUCAUGUCAUAGACUUGGGCAUGACCCUAGGCCUCCCACAUGGGUACCAAUGGCGCAAUUUAAUAGACAGUCUAGCCAACCGUGCAGGACAACCCUUACAUCGCCUUCGAAUCACCGGUGUUGGCAACUCUGCCGAACGCCUUCAAGCAAUUGGCAAUGAUCUCAAGCUGCAUGCACAAAGCAUGAAACUGAAUUUUGAAUUUUCAGCAGUGGAGAGCAGCUUCGAGAACCUAAAGCCUCAAGACUUCAAUUUGGUUGAUGGGGACGUUUUGGUCGUCAACAGCAUACUUCAGUUGCAUUGUCUGGUGAAAGAGAGCAGAGGUGCAUUGAACUCAGUUUUACAAACACUUCAUCAGCUAUCACCAAAGCUUAUGAUCUUGGUUGAGCAGGACACAAGCCACAAUGGGCCUUUCUUUCUAGGGAGGUUCAUGGAGGCAUUGCAUAAUUACUCUGCCAUAUUUGACUCCCUGGAUGCAAUGCUGCCCAAGUAUGAUACAAGGAGAGCUAAAAUGGAGCAGUUUUAUUUUGGGGAGGAGAUUAAGAACAUUGUGAGCUGUGAGGGACCAGCCAGGGUUGAGAGGCAUGAAAGGGUUGAGCAAUGGCGCCGGAGGAUGAGACGUGCUGGGUUCCAACCGGCACCUCUGAAGAUGAUAGCACAGGCCAUGAAAUGGCUAGAAAUAAAUACUUGUGAGGGUUACACGGUUGUAGAAGACAAGGGUUGCUUGGUUUUUGGGUGGAAGUCAAAGCCCAUCAUUGCAACUUCUUGCUGGAAAUAAUCUGCGAUUUCAUAAAACUUAGUCUCACAAAAAAGGAAUAACGUUUGUGAAACUGAUGAUGUUGCUGAACUAAAAAGAACAAACUUGUGUAGUUUGUAUCAAGCACUGCUAGUCAAUCUUAAUCGGACAACAUAAUCUGUUAACUAUGUUUGAUAAUUUAGCAUGAUUCGUGUUCGAGUAAACAGUAUCUAGUGGACUAUAUUCUUAUAUCUUAAGAAUCAAAGUGCAUAGAGAGCCUGAAAAACUCUAAAACUCCAAUUCAAAAGCUCCCCUUGGCCCCAAAAUGUCACAGCCGUAUUGAGGAAACAAUAUCAAAAAGAACCACAAAGUAGCUUUUGGGGAAUUUGGGACUCUCUCAGUCAUUUGGUCGAACAUCUUGCACACAAAAUGACCGUCGUGGCAAAAUCGACGGCCAACAAUACAUCGCCAUCAGCAACUUAAUUGUGGGCU